AGAAAGUCAGCGACCACCUGGAGUUGUUAAGUAUACUGAGCACUGACCGAGUAGUAACCAAAAUUAUGUACUCAUACAGCUCUCACACGGCUCUCUCAUCGUCGGAGCCCAAGGAGGCGGCAAUGGAGCGGGACGACGGCGACCACGAGACGUUUUGGAGCGCCCACUGCAGUCUCAGCUCAUCGACGGGUGACGAGCGGGACGAGCAGCAGAGCUCCCCUGGCGCAGAGGGCGCGGUGUUCGUCGCGUUAUCAGACGAUGUCAACGAAGGGAUGAGCACCUUGCUGUGGGCGAUGAAGAACCUGGCCAAGGAUGGAUCUAGGGUUGUGAUAGCUCAUGUCCGUAGCCCCACACGAUCGACCCACAAAACUCAUCAUGGCAGCAUGAGACCAGAAGAGGUCAGCAAUCAUAGAAACUUACAGCGGGACAAAACAGGGAAGAACAUGGAUGAAUAUGCCCUGACAGCGAAACGCGCGACAAAAGAUCUAGAGAUUGACUGUGAUGAAGUGGUGAUUGAGAUGGACGAUGUUGCGGAAGGACUCGCACAACUCAUUGCUAUUCAUGGCAUCACCAGGAUUGUAAUGGGAGCAGCUGCCGACCAACACUACUCAAGCAGCACCAGCACGAUAUAUUACACUACUCUGUGUUUUAAAUAUAGAGACUGCAUUUUCAAACUUUUUUUCCUAACAAGUAGUGAAAUAAGGCUAAGGCAGGCUUCAAUUAACAAACUUAUGCACAAUCUAAUAAUGUUCUCAACCUAUAGGGAAAUGAAAACACCGAAGUCCAAGACAGCGCUCAAGCUGAUGGACACAGCAGCUCCAUCAUGCAAGAUAUGGUUUAUCUGUGAUGGGCAUCUGAUAUGUACCAGUUACAAGGAAAAUCUUCUUGCAAUAUCCCCGUCACCUGUACAACGCACAACACCAUCUUCAGUGUGCAGAAUUUCGAGCCAGAUGAGAUCAAUGGCACUGAAGAAUGAAGAAGCAAGCUCAAAAGGAUAUAAUUCAGCUUCAUCGUUUGAAUCACAAAUGAGUGACUGGGAUUUUUUGUUUGGAGAUUGGGAAAAGACCACUUAUAUCUCAUCGAGGACAGAUGAUGCAGUCAGUAUAUCUGGAGCCACAACUUUACCUGUGAUUAUUGGUGAUGCACACAAACUAAGACAAGUGAAACACUCUCCAACUUAUGAAUCUGAUGGCAUCCACUUGGUGCCUGAAUGUCAUAUGGAAGAAGCAUUAAUUGUAGAUGAAGAAACACAUUUCGGACAUCAGGAGGUGUACACUGUAGCUGAGCUGUGGAAGGGACAUGACGAAUCUAACAAAUGUGACAAAGCCGCAGAUCUGCUUUCAGCUCUUCAAAGAGCUAAAGUUUCAGAAGAUACGUAUCUUCAUGAGGUGAACCAGCGGAAACAGAUUGAGGAGAUACUUACAAUACAGAGGCUGGAGAUUGACGAAAUGAAAAGAAGACGCUAUGCGUUACAUGAUGAACUACAGGAUUCAAAGAAGCAGAAGCUCAUGCUGGAACAGCAUAUCAUUCAGAUCGAGACUGCUAGAAAGGAUAAUGUAAAGGAGAUUACUGACUUCUUUACAGAAAAAUCGUGCGAGGAAACUAAGAAAUGCCUAAAACUCGAAAUGGAUCUGCUUUCAGCACUCCAAAAAGCCAGGGAGAUGGAGAAUCUGUACCAAAACGAGAAGGGGCAGCGGUUAGACAUGGAUGUGAAGAUUACGAGACAGAGGGUGGAGAUUGAAGAAACAAAGAAGCAUCGUGAUGAACUAUAUUAUGAGCUAAAAGAUUUAAAGGAACACAUACUCAGGCUAAAAAUAAUUGAUGUGCAGGAUGCGCCUGAAGAAACUAACAGAAGAAGAAGGGCUGAAAGAGAUCUGCUCUCAGCUCUUGAAAUGGUUAAAGAACUAGAGCAUGGUAUUUUGCGUGAGAUGAGAAAGCGGAAAGCAGUGGAGGAGGCGCAUGCAAUUCGGGAGGAGGAAAUUCAGGCAAUGAUACGACAGCUGGCAGAUAUAAAUGCCAAAUAUAUAAAGUCAGCCAUAAAAUUUCAUGAACAAGAGCUUGAAAAGAGCAAACACUUUAUCCAAGAAAUUCAAGCAAAGUAUGACAAGUCACUACAUGAGAGAGAUACUGCAGUAACAGAGGCUAAAGAAUUGCGGCAAAAGAAUAAGCAUGGAGCCUUGGUGUUCUCACUAUCUGAGCUGCAGCAAGCAACCAAAUGCUUUGAUAUAUCACUCAAGAUUGGCGAAGGUGGAUCUGGAAGAGUCUAUAAGGGUUUCCUCCGAAACACGACUGUAGCUAUAAAGUUGCUUCAUUGUCAACGCCUUCAAGGACAACAAGAAUUCCAUCAAGAGGUUGCUUUUCUCAGUACAGUGAGGCAUCCUAACAUCAUGAUGUUUAUAGGAGCAUGCCAAGAAGCUUCUGGUUCUGGCCUGGUGUACGAGUUCCUCCCAAAUAGGAGCCUUGAGGAACAUCUCUCUUGUAAGGAAAAGAAAAACACACCACCAUUGACAUGGCAAGUGCGCACCAGGAUUAUUGGGGAGAUAUGGUCGGCUUUGACGUUUAUCCACUCCCACAAGCCUCUCCCCAUUGUUCACGGUGAUCUAAAGCCGGACAAUAUUCUUCUUGACGCUAAUUUUGUGAGCAAGUUGAGAAUCUGCCAGGUUUCGAAAAAUCCAAGGGCCACAAAGAACACUAAGGAUCCCAAGUUCUUAACCACUGGGGAACUCACCCCACAGUGCGAUGUGUACUCCUUUGGCAUUAUCAUCCUACGCCUGCUGACAGGAAGGUCAUCGCAAAAGAUCGUUGUGACUGUAGAAAAAGCGAUGGAGAAGGGGCACCUGCAUUCCAUUAUCGACGAUUCCGCAGGGAGCUGGCCAUACCAACAGGCCGACCAGCUUGCGCGUGUUGGACUGAGAUGCACCAACUUGAGUGGGAAGCGCCAACCAGAUCUUAUAGAGGGGGUGUGGGGAGAGCUCGAGCCACUGAUGAAGGCCGCCUCCUGGAACGCUGGGCGGCCAUCCUUUGCAGCUUCGUCAGAUGACACACACACACCAUCCAGCUUUGUCUGUGCAAUCUCUCAGGAGGUGAUGCGUGACCCCCAGAUUGCAGCAGAUGGGUUCACAUACGAAGCUGAAGCUAUCAGAAGGUGGCUCGACAGUGGACACGACACGUCGCCGAUGACGAACCUGAAGCUCAAACACUGCGAUCUCACCCCAAACAGAGCGCUCCAUUCGGCAAUUCUCGAGUGGCAACAGCAGCAGAAGAAGCACGGGACAUGACUACAUGAGGAUCUGUCAGACUGUCACGAACUGCAUCCGAUUCAUGAAGGAGUACAUUCAUCUCGGCCUCGGAUGUAAGCUGUUAACAGAUAGUUUAGACCUAGGUAUAUACGCAAGCAAAACCGAUCCAUUCAUUCCCCUCCCGCGGUGGCGGCGGCUAGGGUGAAGCUUCCUUCCCUCGAGGCUCUGCCGAUGAGCCCGUGGACUCACCUCCUCUCUGUCUGCCGCUCCAGCGGCCAGCGGUAGGGAGGGAACUCAAAUGUGAGAUUCAGAGAAAAAACUAUUUGCAUGUGUGGAAAGAUAAAAACCAAACAGAUCCCUAGUUAUGCCUUUGGACUAGCUCACUAUUGUUGAGAAAACCAUCACACUUGCAUGAUUCACUUCCUUGGCUGAGAAAACUAUCAAGAAACCAAAAAAGUUAACCAGCAAU